CCGGCUUGUUUUUGUAAACGUACCAGAGUCUCGCCCAACACCCAAAUAAAAGGAGAACUGAUCAGGCUACCUCAAGUCAGGUCAUGGAGUUUGCAGAGCUGAUAAAGACACCGAGGGUGGAUGGUGUUGUCCUCCAUCGGCCCUUCAUGCCCACUGUGGAGGGGACCCUGUGCCUGACUGGUCAUCACCUCAUUCUCUCCUCCAGACAGGACAACACAGAAGAGCUGUGGCUCCUUCACUCCAACAUUGACUCCAUAGAGAAGAGAUUUGUGGGGUGUCUGGGAAGCAUUAUAGUGAAAUGCAAAGAUCUGAGGGUGAUACAGCUGGACAUCCCUGGGAUGGAAGAGUGUCUCAACAUCGCCAGCUCUAUUGAGGCUCUGUCCACUCUUGAUUCAAUCUCCCUGAUGUACCCUUUCUUCUACCGGCCCAUGUUUGAGGUCAUAGAUGAUGGCUGGAACUCUUUCCUCCCUGAGGAUGCCUUUAAAGACCUGGAGUCUAUGACAGAUGAAUGGAGACUGAGUGAAGUCAACAAGGACUUCAGUGUGUGCCCAUCAUACGCCCCUCUGGUGGCAGUGCCCAAAGGCAUUGAUGAUGACACGCUCAGGAAAGUAGCUACGUUCCGUCACGGCGGCCGCUUCCCAGUGCUUAGCUACUACCACAAGAAGAAUGGCAUGGUGAUGAUGCGAGCAGGGCAGCCUCUGACCGGGACUAAUGGACGGCGAUGCAAAGAGGAUGAAAAACUUAUCAACGCCACUCUAAGGCCAGGCAAACGCGGCUACAUCAUUGACACGCGCACCAUCAAUGUGGCUCAGCAGGCUAAAGCACGUGGUGGAGGAUUUGAGUCUGAGGCUAACUACCCCCAGUGGAGAAGGAUCCACAAGGCCAUCGAAAGGUCUAAUGUCCUCCAGGACAGCCUGAUUAAGCUGGUGGAGGCAUGCAACGACCAGUCCCACAACAUGGACCGCUGGCUGAGCAAGCUAGAGGCUUCCAACUGGCAGACCCACGUCAAGGAGAUCCUCACCACUGCCUGCCUGGCUGCACAGUGUAUCGACAGGGAGGGAGCAUCAGUGCUUGUUCAUGGCACAGAGGGGGCAGACUCCACCCUGCAGGUGACCUCUCUGGCUCAGAUCAUCCUGGAUCCAGCCUGCAGGACCAUCAGGGGCUUUCAGGGUCUGAUUGAACGAGAAUGGCUCCAGGCAGGCCACCCGUUCCAGCAGCGCUGCGCUCAGUCGGCCUACUCCAACAGCAAACCUCGCCAAGAGGCUCCGGUCUUCCUGCUCUUCUUGGACUGUGUGUGGCAGAUCCUACGUCAGUUUCCGUGCUCCUUUGAAUUCAAUGAGAACUUCCUUGUGCAACUCUUUGAACAUGCCUAUGCUUCCCAGUUUGGCACCUUCAUGGGCAACAGUGCAGCUGAGAGGGCAAAACUGUCUCUGCCUGAGAAGACAGUGUCGCUUUGGUCGUGGGUGAAUCGCCCCCAGGAACUAGAGCGUCUGUCCAACCCACUCUAUGAGGCCAACAGUCUUGUUAUCUGGCCCUCCGUAGCCCCUCAGAGCCUCCUGCUAUGGGAAGGAGUUUUCCUUCGCUGGAACCGCUCCUCCAAGUGCUUGGACGAGGCCUACGAGGAAAUGGUUCACAUCAUUGAGUACAACAAAGAGCUGCAAAACAAAGUCAACAGCUUGCGCAGGCAGUUGGCCCAGCUGGAAACCGAAGACCCUCUACUGCAGACUCCCUAAAAAGAGACCUGUAAAUGGAGGCAAGAUGGGAAAGAGAGGUAGAAAAUAACUAAAUAAGAAAAAAGAUAAAUGUUUCGGCUUGUUUUGGUUUUGCAGUUGGGGUUGAGUUUAUUUGUUUUUUCAGUUCUGUCAUUGAAGAAUACCGCAAGUAAUGAAACUGAAAAAUGAAAAAGUUUUUGUUUAUUUUCAUCGCAAUAGUCCUAACAUGUUUGUUUGUUGCCUUUACUAAAGAAAAUGAAAUAGAUUUGACCCUAAGCCUUGAAUGACAACUCUCAUCUUCCCCCAUUUUAUUUUCAUGGAGAUUUUGAGCAAUCAUUCCACACACAGCUUGUAUGACUGCACCAACUGAAACUGCCCUGAAACUUUAUGUAUGAACAGAGAAAAUGUUCUCGCACACACACACAGGCAGAGCCAGUCACUCCUCGGAGCACCGCUAAAAGUGACACGCCCUUCCUCUCAUACAGCCCCUAACAUCAGUUUGCAUGUUUGCAUGCACAGACAUAUAGUGUGAAGGUUUUGCAAUCAUGCUUCGCCAAGUCAGCUAUAGUCACAGCAGCUAAGCCUUGUUAAGCCCAUGCACCUCACACUGACCAACUCUCAUUUAGUGACAUAACAGAUGGGUAUACAUUCACAGAAAAUAUUAACAUUUUCACAGAAUGCUGUAACACUACGUUUUGUUCUUUCCCAUCUGUGAGCAUUGAAUUUGCUCAAACAUGAACAGGCUAUUGUUAUCUAAGGCUAUAGGAGGCCAUCAUUCACAGAGAACCAUUACAGAACUGUUGACAUACUCCAUAGUAUGCAUAAUACUACACAUUCUGCUCAAUCUCUAUGAUACUGGAGUGCUGCAGAGUAACUAUGGCAACAUAUAGGGCACCAGUUUAGUGAACAUGUGACUUUGGUGCAUGGUGAGAUUGUAUCAUGAUUAAGUGUGGGGAGCAGCAUCGACCUCAGACUAAGCACUUUAUAUUGAGAGGGAGGACUCAAUAUGGUUCAAUAUGGCUCUGAACAAAAUAUCUUAAAUUGCAUUCCAAAAACAAUCAUUACCAGAGAUAUGAGGACUUUUUUCAAUGCAGUCUUUAAAGUGGUUUUCAUAUGUUUAGUACAUAUACUUAAUAGUUAAUCCUAAAACUAUUAAUGUUGUAUCAGCUGCCCUGAGAAUGUUUAGUUAUUACUGCUAAUAUUAAAGAAGUCAUAUAAUACAUAGUAAUACACAACUUAUUUUGUCAAGACAUUGUAUUAUCAUUUUUGUGGGAUAUCCUUUUUUUCUGUUUUGUUUUUUCUUUUCUAAAUGAACGCAAGGGUUGCCAAAAUUAUGAGCAAGUGAGGUUUGCGUUAAAAAGUUGAAAGUUGUACUAAAAGGUUGUAUUUUUUUGGGACUUGAAUUUGUUGUGUUAUAGCUGUUUUGAGUACAUUGCUGAACAAAAUACAUAUCUGUUGUUUGAUUGAUUUAAUUUAAAAAUAAGGCACUUUGUGUGGAGGGUACUUCAUUUACUAUAUGUGUCUUAUUCUUAAACUGCAUUAUAUAAAAAAAAAAUGUUUAUUUCUUGUAUUUAGCAUUAUUGUUGUUUAGGCAUCGGCCAAAAAACAUAAUCUCUUGAAUGUGAAGACACACCAAUAUACAAUAUCCUACAUAUGUAAAUUUAAACACGUUUCAUUGUUGCAACACAGAUGGAAUUCAUGAUAUGUGUCAUAGGAACAUGGAAAGGGCAAAUUAUUAAUUUGCAUCAUCAUAACAAAAGAGUCAAGUAAUGUUUACACUCUUAAAUUCUGUUAGAAUGAAUGAAAGUGAUGUUGAAACACUUGUUUCAGCACUAUCCAUAGGGAUUAGCUUUCAGUAGCACGGUAUUAUCAAGAAAGCAUUAUGUCGCCCUUGAAAUCCUGAAAACUGAGAUUCUUAAGGUAAACUUCAGUUCAUAAAGUGUUCAUCCUGUGGCAAAAAUUAGUUGUUUUGUUGCCAAUAAGAAAGAGAAUGCAUUUUUUAUGAUUAAUACGUGUCUGUGAUUUCUCUUUGUCGUCUUAGCCAAACACAUGACAGAACAUUUGAUCGACACCGCUUUAUGAGUGAUGUAAAAAACACACUAGGCUGAGGAUUACGCUGUCAUUGGUUUUGCCACAGCAUUUAACUGCUUUGUAAAGGAAAACAUUUCCAUGUAAUUUGUGUGUGCACUAUGUACUUGCACAUUGUUUCCUAUAGGCCAGAAUGCCACACUAUCUUGUUGCUUUGUGCAUGCAUGAAUGGAGCUCAGAUGAUCACUCCAACUUCAACCAUAUUGUGAUUUAUAAAUAAAGGUAAUAUCGCAUUGUGCAUAAUGUUCAUGUACAAUAUUAUGAUUAAUUUAUCAAUGUCAUCGCGGCUUUUAGAGAUCAACAGCACUUCAGCUAAUAAGUUGUCUUUGUUGCAUCUUCAAAACUUAUUGAACUCUUUAAAUCAGUGCAAUGCCUUACAAGAAAAUCAUAAUUCAACAUGAAUUUCUUUUAUCAUUGCUAACAAGCCUUUCUUUUCUGGAGAGCAUAUUGUUCAGAUUAUUCAGAUUAUUUUAAAUGUGUAUGUGUUUUUUGUUUAUUUACAUUUUCUAAGCCAUUAAAAGAUUA